ACUGAGAGCUUGACUGCAGAUACACACACACUAAGAAGAUUAAUCAAAGAAGCAACUAUUUAGUAGAAUUAUGACUUAUUAGAGCAUAUAAGAUGAUGUCUUAUAUUUGCUACUAGAUGGGAAAUUUGUUUUCCUAAUAGGACUUUUAGUUUGAUUAAUUACAUCACAUAUAUAUUAUGAUUUAUUGUUCUUCAACAUCUGACUCUUCUGAGUGAAAUUACUUCAUCAGCAUUAUCAUGGAGAGAUAUGAAAUAAUAAAAAAAAAUUACACAUUUUAGACAGACCACGAAUCUUUUGAACUGCAAACAGCAUUCAUACUAAUUAAAACAUAAUUCCUAUUGUGUCCUUCUUUAACCUGUGACUUAUUUUCUACUUCAGACACCAAAUAUACAAGGUGACACAAGAAAAUUGCUCAAAUGCACCUGUAAAUGUUUCUGUAAACGCGACUGAGAGAGAAGAAAUUCUGUUUUAUCGCUGCCACAAAUCACUGGCAAAUGUAUUGCAGAAAUUUCUAUGAGGAAGCAUUAAAAGCUGAUAAAAAUACUGCAUUUCCACCAUUAAACGAAUCAACUUCUGGAGCCGUUGGAUGUCGUUUACAUGUCGUACAAGGCAGAAGAAGACUACACUUGGUUGCUUACUGCAGAAUAUCUUGUGCAGAUCCUCAUGAAAAAUGAUAUGAAUUUGUAUGAAAAGUAUCAGAUGAAAGCUCAACUCACAAACACCGACAAGAACAACCUGGCCAGACUGAUCAUAAGCGCGGUGCUAGCAGAAAACUAUCGCUUAGAAUUGCCGAGAAAUGCAAUGUUCUACCUUUGCAAGGUGAUAACAGAGGUUUUCCCAAAGGAAGAUCCUUCCGUUUACUUCACGCCUCAGUGCGGUUCCAUUGUUCCUCACUCCAAGGGAAAGCUCUACCACGCUUAUCAUCUCUAUCGAUCGAAGCUGAGGGAGCACGGAUACCUCGAGAAGUCCAAUGUUCCGCGAAGGAAGAGACGCAGACGCCUUUAAGACUAAAUUUCUGUUGUUAUACAUAUGUGUAUGUUGAUUCACAGCGAAAUACGAAAUUGAAGAACUCACAAAGAUUUACCUACAUAAAAAAACUUCGUUUCCAGACUUCUAUUUUUUGAAAUUUAUACUUUUAGGCUUAGAGAGAAUUUUUUUCAUGACAUUUGAGUAAAUUGCUUAAAUUUACAUACAUAAAAUGAAAUAUGUAUUAUAGUAAAUAACUGUAACACGACAAGUUUUAUUACAUAUGUUAAAUCGAUUUUGAAAUAAAAUUAC